UGCGUAGCGAGAAAACCACACGCACAACCAAAAAAAAAAAAAAAAAACACACAUUCGAGGGGCGAAAGCGAGAGCGAGGCAAAGAGAAAAAUGGGAGGGUGGGCUAUAGCGGUGCACGGUGGCGCUGGUGUCGACCCAAAUCUCCCAUUCGAGCGUCAAGAGGAGGCCAAACAACUCCUCACUCGCUGCCUCAAUCUUGGCAUUUCAGCUCUUCGUUCUAAUCUCCCUGCCAUCGAUGUUGUUGAACUUGUUGUUAGAGAACUGGAAACGGACCCUGUUUUCAACUCAGGGCGUGGAUCUGCCCUGACUGAAAAAGGUACCGUCGAAAUGGAAGCCAGCAUUAUGGAUGGACCCAAAAGGAGAUGCGGCGCCGUUUCGGGCCUGACCACCGUGAAGAACCCGAUCUCACUCGCUCGACUCGUCAUGGACAAGUCUCCCCAUUCUUAUCUCGCCUUUUCAGGCGCCGAGGACUUCGCCAGACAACAGGGCCUUGAGGUCGUGGAAAACGAUUAUUUCAUCACAAACGAAAAUGUGGGAAUGCUCAAGUUAGCAAAAGAAGCCAACAAGAUUCUGUUCGAUUACAGGCUUCCAACCCAUGGAUUGGAAACUUGCAGCGCUGGAGUGGAAAGCCCUCUAAUCAUGAAUGGCCUUCCAAUCAGUGUAUAUGCGCCUGAGACAGUGGGAUGUGUGGUGGUGGACAGCAAGGGCCACUGCGCAGCAGCCACGUCCACAGGUGGACUGAUGAACAAGAUGACCGGCCGCAUCGGUGACUCACCACUCAUUGGUGCUGGGACCUACGCCUGUAACCUGUGUGGGGUCUCAUGCACUGGAGAAGGAGAAGCCAUUAUUCGCGGCACUCUCGCGCGUGAGGUGGCGGCUGUGAUGGAAUAUAAGGGCCUGGGCCUUCAAGAGGCUGUGGACUUUGUCAUCAAGGAACGGCUCGACGAAGGUUUUGCUGGGCUUAUCGCAGUGUCUAGUAAAGGGGAAGUGGCUUAUGGUUUUAAUACAACUGGGAUGUUUAGGGGCUGUGCAACGGAGGAUGGGUUUAUGGAAGUUGGUAUUUGGGAGUAAAACAGGAAGUGAAGUCCGGUCAGUAUUUGAGUUCUGGUGCGCAGCAACCAUUAUGCGUGGUUGCUUUUGUUAACUCUACCUUCUGUCUGGAUCUGGUUCUCGUUCAAUCUAGGAAUCUAUGUUUAGUUGUAAUUUUGUAGGUCAAGUGCAUGCUUUGUAAUUUGACGCGCUAAUCUAUGAAAUAAAAAGCAUAUGCAACUUGUUUAUGGAUUA